AUGGUCUCAUGUAAUCCGUUGCCGCAUGGCAAGCAUCUCAUUGCGUCUCACUCCUCUUCUUCCAUUCUCUCCCUCACACACUUUCCUUUCCCCCCUCUCUCCCUGUUUCCCUCCCUCCUUCCCUCCCUCUCUCCCUCUUUCCCUCCCUCCUUCCCUACAUUGACUCAAUCUGCUCCUCAUUCUCUCAGCUCCUCUCCUUCCAUUCUCUCCCUCACACACUUUCCAUCCCCCCUCUCUCCCUCUUUCCCUCCCUCCUUCCCUCCCUCUCUCCCUCUUUCCCUCCCUCCUUCCCUCCCUCUCUCCCUCCUUUCAUCAGAAGCUGUGCUCGCACGAACCUUGCAGCACCGCUCUCCACCUCUGGACGGCACCGAGUCCUCUCCCACUCCCCCCACUCCCAAUCGCCUGGAGCUCUGCCUCGUUCAGAGCCGUGAUGACAUUAUAAGCCCGCCUGUUGUAGCCGCUGCGCGCGCUCUCCGCCCACAUCGCGUAAAAACGGACCAGGCGGGUAUCGCGAUAGUUUCCCUCAGCUUUCCGCUCUAUCGCCGCGUUCCUUCCGUCCCUAGUCCCUCCCCGCGCUGCGCGCGCUCUCCGUCCACAGCGCGUGACGCGGACCCUACUUGUCUCCCGGGUCUCUCGGGUGUCCAUCUCGGGUGCCCCUUUCAGGUGCCCCACUCAGGUGUUUCUCAGGCGCCCAUCUCAGGUGUCUCUCAGGCGCCCCUCUCAGGUGUCUCUCAGGUUCCCCUCUCAGGUGCCCAUCCCAGGUGUCUCUCCAAUGUCUCUCAGGUGCUUGCUUACAAGGUGGCCAGGUUCCCCCGGCAGCUGGUGAGUGGUGCGGCAGAGCAGGUGAGUGGUGCGGCAGAGCAGGUGAGUGGUGCGGCAGAGCAGGUGAGUGGUGCGGCAGAGCAGGUGAGUGGUGCGGCAGAGCAGAUGAGUGGUGCGGCAGAGCAGGUGAGUGGUGCGGCAGAGCAGGUGAGUGGUGCAGCAGAGCAGGUGAGUGGUGCGGCAGAGCAGGUGAGUGGUGCGGCAGAGCAGGUGAGUGGUGCGGCAGAGCAGGUGAGUGGUGCGGCAGAGCAGGUGAGUGGUGCGGCAGAGCAGGUGAGUGGUGCAGCAGAGCAGGUGAGUGGUGCGGCAGAGCAGGUGAGUGGUGCAGCAGAGCAGGUGAGUGGUGCAGCACAGCAGGUGAGUGGUGCGGCAGAGCAGGUGAGUGGUGCAGCAGAGCAGGUGAGUGGUGCGGCAGAGCAGGUGAGUGGUGCAGCAGAGCAGGUGAGUGGUGCGGCAGACCAGGUGAGUGGUGCGGCAGAGCAGGUGAGUGGUGCAGCAGAGCAGGUGAGUGGUGCAGCAGAGCAGGUGAGUGGUGCGGCAGAGCAGGUGAGUGGUGCAGCAGAGCAGGUGAGUGGUGCGGCAGAGCAGGUGAGUGGUGCGGCAGAGCAGGUGAGUGGUGCGGCAGAGCAGGUGAGUGGUGCAGCAGAGCAGGUGAGUGGUGCGGCAGAGCAGGUGAGUGGUGCGGCAGAGCAGGUGAGUGGUGCGGCAGAGCAGGUGAGUGGUGCAGCAGAGCAGGUGAGUGGUGCGGCAGAGCAGGUGAGUGGUGCAGCAGAGCAGGUGAGUGGUGCAGCAGAGCAGGUGAGUGGUGCAGCAGAGCAGGUGAGUGGUGCAGCAGAGCAGGUGAGUGGUGCGGCAGAGCAGGUGAGUGGUGCGGCAGAGCAGGUGAGUGGUGCGGCAGAGCAGGUGAGUGGUGCGGCAGAGCAGGUGAGUGGUGCGGCAGAGCAGGUGAGUGGUGCGGCAGAGCAGGUGAGUGGUGCGGCAGAACAGGUGAGUGGUGCGGCACAGCAGGUGAGUGGUGCGGCAGAGCAGGUGAGUGGUGUGGCAGAGCAGGUGAGUGGUGCGGCAGAGCAGGUGAGUGGUGCGGCAGAGCAGGUGAGUGGUGCGGCAGAGCAGGUGAGUGGUGCGGCAGAGCAGGUGAGUGGUGCGGCAGAGCAGAUGAGUGGUGCGGCAGAGCAGGUGAGUGGUGCGGCAGAGCAGGUGAGUGGUGCAGCAGAGCAGGUGAGUGGUGCGGCAGAGCAGGUGAGUGGUGCGGCAGAGCAGGUGAGUGGUGCGGCAGAGCAGGUGAGUGGUGCGGCAGAGCAGGUGAGUGGUGCGGCAGAGCAGAUGAGUGGUGCGGCAGAGCAGGUGAGUGGUGCGGCAGAGCAGGUGAGUGGUGCGGCAGAGCAGGUGAGUGGUGCGGCAGAGCAGGUGAGUGGUGCGGCAGAGCAGGUGAGUGGUGCAGCAGAGCAGGUGAGUGGUGCAGCAGAGCAGGUGAGUGGUGCAGCAGAGCAGGUGAGUGGUGCGGCAGAGCAGGUGAGUGGUGCAGCAGAGCAGGUGAGUGGUGCGGCAGAGCAGGUGAGUGGUGCGGCAGAGCAGGUGAGUGGUGCAGCAGAGCAGGUGAGUGGUGCGGCAGAGCAGGUGAGUGGUGCAGCAGAGCAGGUGAGUGGUGCGGCAGAGCAGGUGAGUGGUGCGGCAGAGCAGGUGAGUGGUGCAGCAGAGCAGGUGAGUGGUGCGGCAGAGCAGGUGAGUGGUGCAGCAGAGCAGGUGAGUGGUGCAGCAGAGCAGGUGAGUGGUGCAGCAGAGCAGGUGAGUGGUGCAGCAGAGCAGGUGAGUGGUGCGGCAGAGCAGGUGAGUGGUGCAGCAGAGCAGGUGAGUGGUGCGGCAGAGCAGGUGAGUGGUGCGGCAGAGCAGGUGAGUGGUGCGGUAGAGCAGGUGAGUGGUGCAGCAGAGCAGGUGAGUGGUGCGGCAGAGCAGGAGAGUGGUGCAGCAGAGCAGGUGAGUGGUGCAGCAGAGCAGGUGAGUGGUGCGGCAGAGCGGGUGAGUGGUGCAGCAGAGCAGGUGAGUGGUGCAGCAGAGCAGGUGAGUGGUGCGGCAGAGCAGGAGAGUGGUGCGGCAGAGCAGGUGAGUGGUGCAGCAGAGCAGAUGAGUGGUGCAGCAGAGCAGGAGAGUGGUGCAGCAGAGCAGGUGAGUGGUGCAGCAGAGCAGGUGAGUGGUGCGGCAGAGCAGGUGAGUGGUGCGGCAGAGCAGGUGAGUGGUGCAGCAGAGCAGGUGAGUGGUGCAGCAGAGCAGGUGAGUGGUGCAGCAGAGCGAUGA